AUGACCCCUGACCCCUUAAAAGGCCCUGAGCUGUCAGGGAGCGUCACAACUCAGACUGCGAUGAGCCCUGACCCCUUAAAAGGCCCUGAGCUGUCAGGGAGCGUCACAGCUCAGACUGAGAUGACCCCUGACCCCUUAAAAGGCCCUGAGCUGUCAGGGAGCGUCACAACCCAGACUGCGAUGACUCCUGACCCCUUAAAAGGCCCUGAGCUGUCAGGGAGCGUCACAACUCAGACUGCGAUGACCCCUGACCCCUUAAAAGGCCCUGAGCUGUCAGGGAGUGUCACAACCCAGACUGCGAUGACCCCUGACCCCUUAAAAGGCCCUGAGCUGUCAGGGAGCGUCACAACUCAGACUGCGAGGACCCCUGACCCCUUAAAAGGCCCUGAGCUGUCAGGGAGCGUCACAACUCAGACUGAGCAACACGUUCAGGAGCAACACGUUCAGGAGCAACACGUUCAGGAGCAGCAUGCUCAGGAGCAACAUGUUCAGGAGCAACACGUUCAGGAGCAACAUGUUCAGGAGCAACACGUUCAGGAGCAACACGUUCAGGAGCAACAUGUUCAGGAGCAACACGUUCAGGAGCAAAACGUUCAGGAGCAACGCGUUCAGGAGCAGCAUGCUCAGGAGCAACAUGUUCAGGAGCAACACGUUCAGGAGCAGCACGUUCAGGACCAAUACGUUCAGGAGCAACACGUUCAGGAGCAACACGUUCAGGAGCAACACGUUCAGGAGCAGCACGUUCAGGACCAAUACGUUCAGGAGCAACACGUUCAGGAGCAACACGUUCAGGAGCAACGCGUUCAGGAGCAGCAUGCUCAGGAGCAACAUGUUCAGGAGCAACACGUUCAGGAGCAGCACGUUCAGGAGCAAUACGUUCAGGAGCAACACGUUCAGGAGCAGCACGUUCAGGAGCAACACGUUCAGGAGCAACACGUUCAGGAGAAACUAGUUCUCUACAGCUCA